CCCCUCCAAAUCAUUGGAUUCAGGUGUUCCAAUAACCUCUAUGGCCACGGGUGUUAAAAAAAAAAAACCUAGGCAUGCAGACUGCUUCUACAAACAUUUGCAAAAGAAUUGGUCGUUCUCAGGAGCUCAUUGAAUUCAAGCGUGGUACCAUGAUAGGUUACCACCUGUGCAAUAAGUCCAUCCAUAAAAUAUCCUUGCUACUAAAUAUUUCACGGUCAACUGUUAGUGGUAUUAUAACAAAGUGGAAGCAACUGGAAACAACAUCAACUCAGCUGCAUCCAAGCCUUACAUCACCAAGUGCAAUGAAAAGAGAGUGACGAAUCACGCUUCUCUGCCUGGCAAUCUGAUGGAUAUGUGUGGGUUUGGCAGGUUGCCAGGAGAACAGUACUUGCCUGACUGCAUUGUGCCAUGUGUAA